AAUAGCGUAACAUCCAGCGGAAGUAAACAAGACAAAGGCGCCAGCCGCGUUUCCCAAAUGACUGAGUUCACUUCGGGAGGUUAAUCUAUGAGUUAAACCUCGAGCCACAUUUACUGUAGCCUACAUUAGACAACAAUGUGUUCAGUUGAGUCUUUGAGAGAGUUUGUCAACGAGCGACUAACUGCUGCUGCUGAAGAAAUAUUGGGAGUUUUUCAAAGAAGCAUCGUCGAGUACGAGGAAGAGAUCGAUCGUCAGCGCAGACUGUUGGAUAUCGUUUUGAAGCCUGAAAUAAAGUUACACAGGACAGAGCUCCCACAGCAACAUGUGUGUAAGGAGGAGGAGGUUGUCCCUGAGCAGCAGCUCUGUAUUGAGGAGAGGAAGUCCAGUGUGGACCAAGAGGAGCCAGAGCCUCCAGAGAUUAAAGAGGAAGAGGAGGAAGUGUGCAGCAGUCAGGAGGGAGAGCAGCUUGUAGUGAAGCAGGAGACUGAUGGCUUUAUGUUGACUCCUGCUGAUGAGGAAAGUGAGCACAGUGAAGAUCAGACUCUGGACUUCAUUCAUGAUGACACUCAAAGUGCAGCAGAGAAAGAGUCUGUAUUCAAAAUGCCAGUUAUAAGCUCUGUGAUAUCAGAAGCAACCAGUGAGCACCAGCUGCUCUGUCACAACUCUCAUGUAGCUGAGAGCCAAGAUGAGGAAGAAUACCAGCAUGGAGACUCAGGAUCAACUAGAAACACAGAGCUUCAAGCAGAGAAAAGACAUCAUGAAAGUGAAAUGAACAGUAACAGUCCACACACCUCUGCUGUGAUAAACUUAAAUACAGGUAAAAAGCCUUUAAAAUGUGACGUAUGUGGGAAAGUUUUUGAGCGCAAGUCAAAAUUGCAGAGACACCUGAACAGCCACACAAGUGAGAAGCCGUUUUCUUGCAAAACAUGUGGGAAAAGAUUCAGUGACACAUCAGCAUUGAACACUCAUAUAAGAACCCACACAGGUCAGAAGCCGUACCUUUGCAAGACCUGCGGGAAAAAAUUCAGUGAGAAGUCAAGACUGGAAAGGCAUUGUAGAAUCCACACAGGUGAGAAGCCGUUUACUUGUAAAGUAUGUGGGAGAGGAUUCGGACGUAAUUGUCACCUGUUAGUCCACAUGAGGAUUCAUUCAGGUGAGAAGCCGUAUACUUGUAAAGUAUGUGGGAGAGGAUUCGGACGUAAUUGUCACCUGUUAGUCCACAUGAGGACUCAUUCAGGUGAGAAGCCGUAUACUUGCAAAACAUGUGGGAGACACUUCAGAUCUAACAGUAACUUGACAGGCCACAUGAGAACGCACACAGGUGUAAAGGUGCAUCACUUGAGCACAGAGGUUCCAGUUGAAGUCACACAUAUACAGGAGAGAGACUGUUUACAUGCAAAACAUGUGGCAGAGCUUUCAGAGGCC